UGCCAUGUUAGGCCCGGGCGGAAGUCCAGCGAGGAAGGGAGGCCUCUUCCUAGAGGGGCUCAGGACGAGAGGUCACUUCCGGAGGAGGAGGGACAGAGGAGGCCUUUCGGAGAGAGAGCGGGAGAGAGGAAGGAGGCGGAGGAGGAGGAGGAAGGGGUAACCUCUGAAUGAACAUUGUGAAGAAAACUCUGCCCUUUGCCGUAGGUCUAAAAUGAAUGUAUACAGCACUGACAAGAACAGGAAAUUGAUGGGAGAAAAUAUAUUUUAAGCUACAUACCUGUGUAUUCAAGGAGGAAAGGGAGGAGUGUGCUGUAAAAAAUGUGGCUUAGUAAAGAGAAAAGAAGACUACAGCAAUACAAAGACUGAGAAGAUGAAAUCUUGUCCUGUUCUGUGAACUUCUGGCAUAAUAUUUGAAUCAUAAAGGUAAAAGAAUGGAAAAUCUCAAUUCUUUGUCAAAAUCACAAACAGGGGAGAAGCGACAUAAUUGUAUGGACUAUGGGAAAUGUUUCAUUGGGAAAAGUUCUCUUACUGAACAUCAGCGAACUCACACAGGAGAGAAGUCACAUACAUGCCUGGAAUGUGGAAAGAGCUUCAGUAACAGAUCAAAUCUGCGUACCCAUCAAAGGACGCACACAGGAGAGACGCCAUAUAAAUGCAUGGAAUGUGGAAAGAGCUUCAAUCAGAGUUCACAUCUGCGUACCCAUCAAAGGACCCACACAGGAGAAAAGCCACAUAAAUGCAUGGAAUGUGGAAAGAGCUUCAGUCAGAGUGGAGAUCUGCGUACCCAUCAAAGGAUCCACACAGGGGAGAAGCCACACAAAUGCAUAGAAUGUGGAAAGGGCUUCAGUCAGAGUGCGGGUCUGAGUAACCAUCAAAGGACCCAUACAGGAGAGAAGCCACAUACAUGCAUGGAAUGUGGAAAGAGCUUCAGUCAGAGUGGACAUCUGCACACCCAUCAAAGGAUCCAUACAGGGGAGAAACCACAUAAAUGCAUGGACUGUGGAAAGAGCUUCAGUUACUGUGAGAGUCUGCGUGCCCAUCAAAAGACCCAUACAGGGGAGAAGCCACAUACAUGCAUGGAAUGUGGAAAAAGCUUCAGUCACAGUGGACAACUGCAUACCCAUCAAAGGAUCCAUACCGGGGAGAAGCCACAUAAAUGCAUGGAAUGUGGAAAGAGCUUCAGUCAGAGUGGAAAUUUGCAUUUCCAUCAAAGAACCCACACAGGGGAGAAGCCACAUAAAUGCAUAGAAUGUGGAAAGGGCUUCAGUCAGAGUGCGAGUCUGCGUUCCCAUCAAAGGACCCACACUGGGGAAAAGCCACAUAAAUGCAUGGAAUGUGGAAAGAACUUCAGUCACAGUGCAAGUCUGCGUAUCCAUCAAAGGACCCACACAGGAGAGAAGCCACAUAAAUGCAUGGAAUGUGGAAAGAGCUUCAGUCAGAGUGGACAUCUGCAUUCCCAUGAAAGAAUCCACACAGGGGAGAAGCCACAUAAAUGCAUGGAAUGUGGUAAGAGCUUCAGAAAGAGUGGGCAACUGCAUAUCCAUCAAAGGACGCACACCGGGGAGAAGCCACAUAACUGCAUGGAAUGUGGAAAGAGCUUCCGUCACAGUAUGACUCUGCGUAUCCAUCAAAGGACCCACACAGGGGAGAAGCCACAUAAAUGCAUGGAAUGUGGAAAGACCUUCAGUAACAGUGCGGGUCUGGAUACCCAUCGAAGAAACCACACAGGGGAAAAACCAUAUAAAUGCAUGGAAUGCGGAAAGUGUUUCAGCCAGUGGCAACAUUUGCAUUUUCAUCAAAGGAUACACACAGGGGAGAAGCCACAUAAAUGCAUGCAGUGUGGAAAGAGCUUCAGUCGGAGUGGAAAUCUGCGUAUCCAUCAAAGGACCCACACAGGAGAGAAGCCACAUAAGUGCAUGGAAUGUGGAAAGAGCUUCAGUCACAGUUUGACUCUGCGUAUCCAUCAAAGGACCCACACAGGAGAGAAGCCACAUAAAUGCAUGGAAUGCGGAAAGAGCUUCAGUGAGAGACAAAAUCUGCGUACCCAUCAAAGGAUCCACACAGGAGAGAAGCCACAUAACUGCUUGGAAUGUGGAAAGAGUUUCAGUUACAGUGUGAGUCUGCAUACCCAUCAAAGGACCCAUACUGGGGAGAAGCCACAUAAAUGCAUGGAAUGUGGAAAGAGUUUCAGUCAGAGUGGACAUCUGCGUAUCCAUCAAAGGACCCACACAGGAGAGAAGCCACAUAAAUGCAUGGAAUGUGGAAAGAGUUUCAGUCAGAGUGGACAUCUGCGUAUCCAUCAAAGGACCCACACAGGGGAGAAGCCACAUAAAUGCAUGUAAUGUGGUAAGAGCUUCAGAAAGAGUGGAAGUCUGCGUACCCAUCAAAGGACGCACACCGGGGGGAGAAGCCACAUAACUGCAUGGAAUGUGGAAAGAGCUUCCGUCACAGUAUGACUCUGCGUAUCCAUCAAAGGACCCACACAGGGGAGAAGCCACAUAAAUGCAUGGAAUGUGGAAAGAGCUUCAGUCAGAAUGAACAUCUGCAUUCCCAUCAAAGGACCCACACAGGGGAGAAUCAUAGAAUCAUAGAAUAGUAGAGUUGGAAGAGACCUCAUGGGCCAUCCAGUCCAACCCCCUGCCAAGAAGCAGGAAAUUGCAUUCAAAGCACCCCCGACAGAUGGCCAUCCAGCCUCUGCUUAAAAGUCUCCAAAGAAGGAGCCUCCAACACAGCCCGGGGGAGAGAUUUCCACUGUUGAACAGCCCUCACAGUGAGGAAGUUCUUCCUGAUGUUCAGGUGGAAUCUCCUUUUUUGUAGUUUGAAGCCAUUGUUCCAUGUCCUAGUCUGCAGGGCAGCAGAAAACAAGCUUGCUCCCUCCUCCCUAUGACUUCCCCUUACAUAUUUGUACAUAAAGCCACAUAAAUGCAUGGGAUGCGGAAAGAGCUGCACACAAGGUUCAACAUGCAUUAGUCAUCAAAGAACACACACACAGCAAGAGGAGACCUGCCUGCAUGUUUCCUAGUUCUACUGAAAAAAAUUCCCCACUCAAGGGUCCCAGGCAGAAAAAAAUGAGACAAUUGACAGAAAAAGGAAGGCCUCCACCUUGCUCCUUAUCUGUCAUGUACAGCAGUGUGUGUGUUCUGGCUUGACUGCUUCUGGGGAUGAUCUUUAAAGGCUUUCUGAAAUGAGCAGCAGCUGAGAUCUCAUGAGAAAAGGGUUCUGGAAAAGAAUAGUUCUUUUGUAGCAGAUAACGUCAUACAUCUUGCCCUGGAUCUUGGCUCUGCUGCUCCUUGGAUAGAAUUCUGGACUCAAGCCUUGUUCUUAUAAUCCUGUUCUGGUCUCCACUGUAUCCUGAGUCAUUGACUUUGAAUUCUGGACUGACUGCUUGGCUUAAUUUAUGGACUUGGACUUCAGUUUGCAUCCCUGCCUCUCUGGCUUGACUUUGGAAUUCUCUCUUUGGUUUGUAUUCUUGCAUUCUUGGUUGUUAUUUUAUGAAAUGUUGUAAAUGUAUUCCUGACAUCUGACUGUUGGACUUUGACAAAAAUCGGUAAAUUAAGUGGUUAUACUUUUCCUUGUGAGCCGCUUUGGAUCUCCUUCGGGAGAUAUAAAGCAGACUAUAAAUAAAUAUAGUAGUAAUAUUAGUAGUAGUAGUAGUAGUAGUAAUAAUAACUGCUUAGAGUAAUCCCCCGUUAGUAAUUGAGACUGUUCAGUCACUACCAUUGGCAAAGUGUCCAUUAGGAUACACAGCAUCUCUCCCUAAGUUUAGAAAAUGGAAGACAAAGAAUGAUGACAUCAGCUGAUGAAGAUUCUUGAAUCUGUUGAGAUAGACAAAUCUUCAAAGUUGAGAAAGGGAAAUAUUUGUCUAACUACAAGCGAGAUUGGGACCUACGAAUUCACUAGUUAUAGCAAUGAGGGGACAUUUGUGUAUUGUGGGUUUUAGGAAUUAGUUUAAUACAGUUAAAAAUCAAAGAGUAAACAUAGAACAGCAUUUAAUGGGAAUAAACAUACAUAAAAAUCAGCAUGCAGCAAGAGUUUUGUAGAUUAAUUUUUCUAUUAGUUUUGUUCUUCUGUGGGUAUGUGGCGUUGAGUCUUUUAUGUUUCUGAAUUACAGUAAAAUCUCACUUAUCCAAGCCUCGCUUAUCCAAGUUUCUGGAUUAUCCAAGCCAUUUUUGUAGUCAAUGUUUUCAAUAUAUCGUGAUAUUUUGGUGCUAAAUUCGUAAAUACAGUAAUUACAACAUAACAUUACUGCGUAUUAAACUGCUUUUUCUGUCAAAUUUGUUGCAAAACAUGUUUUGAUGCUUAAUUUGUAAAAUCAUAACCUAAUUUGAUGUUUAAUAGGCUCUUCCUUAAUCCCUCCUUAUUAUCCAGGAUACUCGCUUAUCCAAGCUUCUGCCAGCCCAUUUAGCUUGGAUAAGUGAGACUCUACUGUACUUUUUUUUAAAUGCCAACGUUGUAAUUUGUAUGAACAUGUUUUAGUUUUACUUUCAUGUCUUUGAAUCUGAAUUAUUUUUUAAAAACAGAGUGUGACGUGGCAGCUAUAAAUGCCAAUGUGAUUCUAGGCUGUACCAAUAGGAGCUGACUGUCUAUAUCCAAAGAAGUCACAGCCUCCUUUCUUCUGCUUUGUUGAGAUCUCACCUGGAAUAAUUCUGUCUCUGUUUCUCAGUAGCACAAUUCAAGAUGAAUAUUGACAGGUUAGAAUAUUUCCAGAGACAGGAUGUAGAGAAGGGCUGAGAGAGACAGCUGGGUAGGUUUAGCUUGGAGAAAAGAAGGAAGGGCUUCUCCCUUGGCAGGGAGGGAGGAGUCGGCCACCCAAUGUUUUUUGGGUUAAUAGGACCCCCUGACUGCCAUGUAGAAAAAGAUGGAAUAGAUAGGAGUGCGUUACACAGAUUUCCAGUGUGUAACCAUACAGUUCUCAGUAGAUAUGUGUUCACAGCACAGUCCUCUAAAGGGUUAAGGAAACAGAGAAGAUGAUCCUAGAGGGACAGCUGAGGCAUUUCCUGUCCUCUGGAGGGAAGCAUGGGAGGGGCUUGCAUGUGCCCUUCCUUCUCUGCCAUGUGACUUCCUGUCUGCCAUUUGUUGGAGGCCUUGCCCUAAGUGUCAGCAUGUGUAAUCCAUCACCAUCCUUGUGUGUUUGUGAGUAUCUUUGUAUAUGAAGAGAAGACCUGUAAAUAGUUAUGAGUAGUGAAUAAAUCAAGAAUAAAACCUCCAAGGACUUUGGAUGAAA